AGAGAGUGCGGCGGCCAGAGGAAGCAAGCCAUGUGCUAAAGGAGGAACAGGACGCGCAAGAGAAAAACCACCGUGACUAAAAAGGGGGGAAAUAAUGUCAGCUCCACUGGUCUGUACACCACACACAGGGACGACAGUAGAGCGAUACCAGACAUGAAGCGAAAUUGGCCUUUUCUCCACAGCAACCCCAAACGACACAGGAAUAGCAGCAGCAACUUCGCAACUGAUGCGGUGUUCCAGUUUCUCCGCUUCAUGCUUUGGUAGUGGCGUUGCAUGGAUGACGCAGUAAACACGUAUCAAGAAGGCAAUUUAUCAUAUUGAUAACUUUUGCCUGAGAAUAAAACUGAGGACAGUAACCACGGACGACAUGAAAUAGUUGCGGAAAAGAGCAGGACGUUUCUUGUGUGACUGGCUUGGAUUUCUAUCCCUCUGCUGCAACAUUGUGAUAUUUUGAGUUUCUUCUGAAAGAACAAGAAUCGGUCGCUUGACAUUGUAUCUCACAAAACUGACCGAAAAACAUUGCGUUGAAUGGACAUCGUUAAGCGUGCAAAUGUUUAGAAUAAAAAGCAUAUUGAUUUGGAAGACCAUAAAUUGAAGGACACAUUGCUGAAUGGAUGUUUGCGAGUUCUAUUUACGACGAGGAAAGUUUUAGAAAGUAGCUUAUGCCAUGCUGGAAAGGAAUGGAUUUAAAGGACAAACAGCUGUAUACUUGGCGUCAGUGAAUAAUAAACAAGAUAUGAUGAAUGUCGUGCAAUGUGUUCAAAUAAGGCAUUCAUCACUUACAGUUAUUGAAGAAAAUGGAUUUGAAUAGUUCUUGUAAGGGCUUGCCGUGCAAAGGGAGAUCAACGAGCUGAGUCACAUUGAUGAACCUUCAUGGAACAUAAUCAAAUUUAACGUCAUAGUCAGUGCUGCAUCUGCUUGGACUUCUCACUAAUGUUCUCACGAUUGGGAAUGUAUAGCUACAUGGGCCUACAUUGUAAAUCUUCAACUGAAGACGAAAAACUGCAGCUGAGAGUACCUGGAAUGUGAAUGUGGACCGCAGCCAACCUCGUGCAUCAUGAAUAACACCAGGUCCAUUUGAACAGCAGUGGGAAACACUGUAGUUGACUCAGUAUAACUUAUAGACAACAACGCYACGAAUUAUAUCGCCCUUUACUCGUAAUGGACAAGAACUGUUUAGCUUUUCAAAUGGAGUUGACUCUUAUGGUUGUUGCCCUCUUAUCUUGGGUCGCGGUAUGGGCGGACGAUAGCAAAAUAAUAUCAGACAGAUAUGCAGUCUACUGGAACAGCACGAACCACAGGUUUCUCCAUGGGGAGUACACCGUGGAGGUGGCCAUCAACGACUACCUGGACAUCUACUGCCCCCACUACGCGGACCCGCUCCCCCUGGAGCGCAUGGAGCGUUACAUCCUCUUCAUGGUCAACUACGACGGCUACACCACCUGCGACCACCGCAUGAAGGGCUUCAAGCGCUGGGAGUGCAACCGGCCACAGAGCCCCAACGGACCGCUCAAGUUCUCCGAGAAGUUCCAGCUCUUCACUCCCUUCUCACUAGGGUUUGAGUUCCGGCCGGGUCACGAGUACUACUACAUCUGUAAGUAGAACAUUUGAUUCACC